AUGUCCAAGGAAGUCGACCACAAGCCGUACGCGGACUCGUCGUCCUCGUCGUCGUCAUCUUCGUCUACCUCGCCCAAGGAGACGACGCUGUUUGAUCACAGUGAACAUGACCGCGACAUGACGAGGUCGCCCAGUGAGUUUGAGCUCGAUGAGCUCUACCACGAUGAGGAGGAUGAUGCCCUCCUUGCGGGUGACCAAGAAAAGGCCGAUAAGCCAGAGAAGCCAGAGCCAGAGCCCGUCAAGAAGUCCAAAACACUCAAGUCGGUAGUAUGGACACUGGUCAACGUCUUGGCCACCGUCUUGAUCGUCUUCACAAACAAAGCCAUCUUCUCAGAUAAAUCACUCAAGCAUGUGCAGCUCUCCUUCGCCACAUUUCACUUCACCAUCACCUGGCUGGCCCUCUAUGUCCUCUCACGAGAGCGCUUCGGCUUCUUCACGCCUCAGAAGGCUUCCUUUGGCCACACGGCGCCCCUGUCUAUCGCCAUGGCCCUCAACGUCGUCUUCCCUAACCUCUCUCUUGCCUACUCAUCCGUCGCAUUCUACCAGAUUGCGCGUAUCCUCAUGACGCCCUCGGUUGCCGCCAUGGACUACGUCAUGUACAAGGUCACUCUGCCUCUCAAGGCUUGCCUGACCUUGAUCCCCGCCUGUAUCGGCGUCGGUAUGGUCUCUUACUAUGACUCGAGGCCUACCAGCAACACCACCAUCAAGACGACUUCCCAGUUGGGCGUCAUGUUUGCCUUCCUCGGCGUCUUCUUCUCGUCUCUUUACACCGUCUGGAUCUCGGCCUUCCGACGACGCUUGAACAUGACCAGCAUGCAGCUGCUCUUCAACCAGGCUCCCAUCUCUGCUUUCAUGCUCCUCUACGUCAUUCCCUUUGUCGACACCUUCCCCGUCUGGGGUGAUGUUUCACUGAACCGCUGGGUUCUGAUUCUUCUGUCUGGCUUCUUUGCCGUCUUGAUCAAUGUUUCUCAAUUCUUCAUCGUUGCUGAGAUGGGCCCUGUCACCAGCACAGUCGUCGCCCACAGCAAGACAUGCAUCAUUGUCGCCCUUGGCUGGAUGUCCUCUGGCCGAACCGUGGCUGACAAGUGUGUCAUUGGCCUGAUCAUGGCCCUUGUUGGAAUCUUUGCCUACUCGGCCGUUAUGUUGAGGGAGAAGGCCAAGGCCGCAAAAUAA